AAGUUCUCCUAGGAUAACAGCAUCAACGGCCACUUUACCUAUCUGCCCCUCCUCGUUAAUAUUCUAAUAAUGUGAAACUUGAAAAACUUAUACAUAACAACUUAUUAUUUUCUCCCAGGUUAGUCAAUUCUAGUAAUUAAGUUUAACUACCUAAGUUCAAUUGGUUCCCCUACUGCCGUCCUUGUAUAUAUUUAACUUCCAUGUUGCGUCGUCUGCGAUCCGAAUAUAAACUGACUCAAUUCCUUAUUCAAUUUUAGUCACUCUCUCCUUUGGAAGUUUUCCCCAAAGCUUCGUCGCCGACAGCUUGCUCUCCGUCGCGAUACCACGGCUUUACAGGCCGUGGAAGUAUCAAUUCGAAUUAAGGACUUAGUCGUUCGCUUUUUCGACUCCAAACCAUGCUGUCGGUACGAGCAGUACGAGCAGCCGUAAGGGCUGGCUCUCGCCGUGUUUCUCCCCGGGUCACUCGUUUGACUCCUGCAGUCGCCACCAGCCUUCCCUUACGAACUUCGCAAGCUGCUUACUCUUCCGCACGAUCGAACGACUCGACUACCCGAGCUGCCGUCAUCCAGGUGCUAAACAACGUCGGAUCUAAGCGAGAGGUCAAGCAGUAUCUUUCCCACUUCUCUUCCGUCUCCUCUCAGCAAUUUGCUGUGAUCAAGGUCGGAGGUGCUAUAUUGACCGACUACCUGGAUGAACUCUGCUCCUCGCUCGCCUUCUUAUACCAUGUUGGACUUUUCCCCAUCAUUGUUCACGGUGCUGGCCCGCAGCUCAACAAGCUCCUAGAGGAAGCCGGUGUUGAACCAGAGUUCGAGGAAGGAAUUCGCAUCACUGACGGAAAAACUUUGGGAAUCGCGAGACGACUUUUCCUGGCUGAAAACUUGAAGCUUGUCCAACGUCUAGAGGAAAUGGGCGUCCGCGCUCGACCCAUUACUUCUAGCGUCUUCACCGCCGACUACCUCAACAAAGACAAGUGGAAGUUCGUAGGGAAGAUUACAGAAGUUAACAAGGAGCCAAUCCAGACUGCUAUUGAAAACGGCUAUCUGCCUAUUCUCACUUCCAUGGCGGAGACCAGGGAGGGUCAGGUAUUAAACGUCAACGCCGAUGUCGCAGCGGGAGAGCUGGCUCGGGAACUCGAACCGCUAAAGGUUGUUUACCUUAGCGAGAAGGGUGGAUUGUUCGACGGCAACGUGCAGAAGAUCUCCGCUAUCAACCUUGACGAGGAAUAUGAUCACAUCAUGGCACAGCCUUGGUGCAAGUUUGGUACCCGAUUAAAAAUUCGCGAGAUCAAGGAACUUCUAGACACCCUUCCACGCUCGUCUAGCGUUGCUAUCAUACAUCCUGCCGACCUACAGAAGGAGCUAUUCACAGAUUCCGGAGCCGGUACGCUCAUUCGCCGAGGCGAUAAGUUGAUGACCGCGGAGAGUGUCGCCGAUUUCAGUGAUCUCGAAAAGCUGAAGGACGUCCUUAUCCGGGAUCGCGAAGUUCGCGAUGCUAGGGCCACAGUAGAUCGUUACCUGGAAUUUCUGAACGGCCGAAAAUUCAAGGCUUAUUUCGAUGAACCCAUGAAAGCUCUUGCUGUUGUCCUCGACCCCGCUACGGACCAAUCGUAUUCAACCUUAGCUACCUUGACGAUAACUAAGUCAGGCUGGCUAACCAACGUAGCCGACAACCUCUUUGCUGCCAUUAAGAAGGAAUACCCUAGCUUAGUCUGGACUGUCAAGGCCGAUGACGAGAAUCUCACAUGGUUCUUCGGCAAGGCUGACGGAAGUAUCGUCAGGGGUAACGAUGUCAUGUUCUGGUAUGGUAUCGAGCCUGGAGAGGAAUUGAACAAGCUCAUGCGCGAAUUUUCCCUCCACGGCCGGGCGAUGCUUGGUGAUUCUAACCUAGAGUCGAGGCUACACCGGGCAGCCCAGAUUGCCUCUGAGAAUCUGCGAGCACACUUCGCCUCUGGGUCAGCGGCUAAUCAAGUACGGGGCUACUCUACUCUUGCCCGCCGUCCCAUUUUAGGGGCUACACCAAUGAGCGCUUUCUCACGCGGGUCACGCAGAGGCUUUGCGACAGAGACUAAUCCCAACCCCCCGUACGGCAAGAAGCACGCAUCGAACACGCAACCCUCCAGGGUCGCACUAAUUGGUGCCCGAGGAUAUACAGGCCAAAAUCUGAUCAGCCUUAUCAAUACGCAUCCUAACUUCGAACUUCGUCACGUGUCAUCGCGAGAACUAGCAGGUCAGAAGUUGGAAGGCUAUACGAAAAAGGACAUCAUCUACGAAAAUCUGAGCUUCGACGACGUAUACGAAAUGGAGAAGAAGGGCAAGAUAGACGUGUGGGUGAUGGCAUUGCCGAACGGCGUUUGCAAGCCUUUUGUCGACGCUAUCAAUAAGGCCAAAGAAUCUAACCCCAGGGAAGACAACAGCAUAAUUGUUGAUCUCUCUGCUGAUUACCGAUUUGACAAAUCGUGGACGUAUGGUCUUCCCGAGCUAGUCAAGCGAUCAGCAAUCGCUCAGGCAACGCACAUUGCAAACCCCGGUUGCUACGCUACGGCAGCUCAACUCGGUAUCGCGCCUCUCGUGGAGCAUCUUGGUGGUCAGCCUACCGUCUUUGGAGUUUCCGGAUAUUCAGGAGCAGGCACCAAGCCUUCGGCAAAGAACAAUAUAGAGCUACUGACCGACAAUAUUAUUCCCUACAGCCUAACGGAUCAUAUACACGAAAAGGAGAUCAGUAGCCAGCUCGGCGUCGAUGUAGGAUUCAUCCCUCACGUCGCAGUGUGGUUCCAGGGCAUUCACCACACUAUCAACAUUCCCCUGAACAAGACAAUGACUUCGCGGGAUAUUAGGCAGAUGUACCAGGAUAGGUACGCGGGUGAGAAAUUAGUCAAGGUGGUAGGAGAGGCACCGUUGGUAAAGGCCAUCAGCGGCAAGCACGGCGUCGAGAUCGGCGGAUUCGCGGUUCACAGUUCUGGGAAGCGAGCGGUUAUCUGCGUGACAAUCGACAAUCUUCUCAAGGGAGCUGCAACACAAUGUUUGCAAAACAUGAACCUGGCUCGUGGAUAUGCGGAGUUUGAAGGUAUACCUCUAAUGGACUAGAAGGGGUUCUCUGGUGAAAGUAGGUUCUGGGAUUGAACGCUUGGCAAUGCAAAACUUGUAUAUAUAUCUAUGCCGUAUGAAGCGUUUAGAAAAGAUGUUUAUUAGCUUGAUCUAGCUUGAUCUGUAAACCACCGUAGAUCGGAAGUCAAUAUAUGAUCAUAUCCGGUAAAGAGAGUACGACAAUUUAUAGUUACCAGAUAUAAGAGACAAUUGUAUUCCCCCAUCAACCAGAAUCUGACGUUCGAAAAUCAGACGUUAAAUGUUAAAUCCGGAAACAUGUAACUCGGCUUCUGUGAAGAGCAAACGGCAGACUCCGUUAGAAGAACGCCGUUUGAAAGAGCUCACCAAAAAAAGGGGGGAGUCAGACACCGAAUCUUAGGCCAAUGGUCUAGCGGGAUGGAUUUUAGCGCA